AUGAAAACUUUCCUCCAAUAUUUCUUCCUCUUAUUCUUAAAUAUCACUACUAUAACAAUCUGUGGUAAAACCAUCCCUUCAGUUCACAGCCGCUGUAUUAAAGACCAACAACUAUCAUUGCUCCAUUUGAAGAAAAGCCUUAUAUUUAAUGGAGAUUCUUAUGAUUCAUACCCUACCAAGGUUAUAUCAUGGAAUUCGAGUACCGACUGUUGCUCUUGGCUUGGUGUUACUUGCAGUACUAACGGGCGUGUUGUUCGUCUCGACCUUAGCGGAGAAUCUAUCUCUGGUGGCAUUGACAAUUCCAGUAGUCUCUUCAAUCUUCAACAUCUUCAAAGCCUCAAUUUGGCCAAUAACAUGUUUGGCUAUGGCUCUCGCAUUCCGUCAGCAAUCGGAAAGCUUACCAACUUGAGGUAUUUAAAUUUAUCAUAUAAUGGUUAUUCUGGGCAAGUUAUUCCCAUUGAGAUUUCACGCUUGGCAAGGUUAGUUAUCCUUGAUAUAUCUAAUAUGUAUGACAAUGGUGAUCCAAUACUUGAGAGCCCGAAUUUAAGCAUGCUCUUGCUGAACCUCACACAGCUUACAGAGCUUUAUCUUGAUGGAGUAAGUAUCCCAGCACAUGGUACUCACUGGUCCAUAGCGAUAUCAUCUUCACUGCCAAACCUGAGUGUGUUGAGCUUGUCAUCUUGUAAUCUUUCAGGUCCUAUUGAUCAAUCCCUCGCUAAACUUCACUCUCUAUCCGUGAUUAGAUUGGAUCAUAAUUACCUAAUCUCUGGUCCAAUUCCAGGAUUUUUUGCCAACUUUUCAAACUUGAGGGAGUUCAACUGGGAUGGCAACAAUAUUUCCGGUCCAGUUCCAUUAUUCUUUUCCAAUUUCUCAAAGUUGACUUCCUUGAAUCUCGUGGCAUGUGAGUUGCGCGGGACAUUCCCCAAACAGAUCUUUCAGAUACCUACUCUACAAACUAUUAACCUUUACUAUAAUGGUGAACUUCAUGGUUCCUUGCCAGAAUUUCCAAAGAAUGGAUCUCUUAGGUCCUUGGAUCUAAGCCUUACCAACUUUUCAGGGUUAAUGCCGGACUCUAUUGGCAACCUCAAAAUGCUCUCCACGAUAAAUCUUUUGAGAUGUAAUUUCACGGGAUCAAUCCCGAAGUCACUGGCGAACCUAACACAAUUGGUUUAUUUGGACUUGUCAUCAAACAUGUUCAAUGGUCCAAUUAGUUCUAUCCACUGGGAGAAGCUUAGUAAUCUGGUACAUCUCCAGUUGAAUGACAAUCUACUUGAGGGGAGUAUUCCGUCAUCUCUCUUUUAUCUUCCCUUAUUGCCAGAGCUAGUACUUUCCGACAAUCAAUUCUCAGGUAAACUCAGCGAGUUUCCUAACGUCUCUUCCUACUUAUUUACCAUUGAUUUAAGCUUCAACAAUUUGGAAGGACAACUGCCUGUGUCUAUCUUUAAUUUUCGAGGCCUUGAAUCACUUCGUCUUUCUUCCAACAAUUUCAGUGCCUUUCCGUUCAAUGGCCCUCAACAGCUGAAAAAUCUUACAUACAUUGACCUUUCGUACAAUAGCUUGCUGAGUUUAUACAAUGGUACUGAUUCCUCAUAUUCCUCAUUUCCUCAACUUGCUUUCUUGUAUUUGGCUUCUAACAAAUUGAGAACAAUCCCAUAUUUCUUGAGAAAUCAAUCUGCAUUAUCCUCUUUGGACCUUUCAGAAAACCAGAUUGAAGGCAAGAUACCCCAUUGGAUUUGGAGUUUCAAAUAUCUUUAUGACUUAAAUCUCUCUUGUAACUCCUUAGGAACUCUAGAAGCUCCUUUCUUCUAUCCUGAUGUUCGUAAGCUUGACCUUCAUUCAAACCAACUCCAGGGGAAACUCCCAAUUUUCCUACCAAAUGCCUUCUAUCUGGAUUACUCACAAAAUAAUUUCAGCUCUGUCAUACCAACAGACAUUGGUGAUUUCCUCACUUCCGAUACUUCCUUCUUGUCAUUUUCAAGCAAUAACUUGCAUGGCUACAUUCCAGUAUCGAUAUGUAAUGGGGGUUUUGGAGUUCUUGAUCUGUCCAAUAAUUCUCUGAGUGGCAUGAUUCCACAAUGCUUGUCGGCAAAAGAAAGUCUUGGAGUACUUAAUUUAAGGAGAAACAACCUUACUGGAACUAUUUCUAAUUUUGAAUUUCCAAAAUUUUGUGAAUUAGACACUCUGAACCUUGGUGAAAAUCAGAUAAAAGGUCAGUUUCCAAAAUCUCUAGCCAAUUGCACAGGUUUACAGGUUUUAAACCUUGGCGAGAAUCAUCUGGUGGAUACCUUUCCAUGCUUGUUGAAGAACAUAUCCACUCUGCGUGUCCUUGUUUUGCAGUCCAACAAAUUUUACGGACGCAUUGAAUGUCCCAAGACCCAUGGCACCUGGCCAAUGCUUCAAAUCAUAAACCUAGCUCACAACAAUUUCAAUGGUGAAAUACCGAGAAGAUCUUUGACAACAUGGCGGUCAAUGAUGGCUAAUGAAGGUGAUUCCCUAGCAAAGGUCAAAUUCUUAGAAUUUUCACACCCAGCAGGGAGAGACGGGGUUGGUUUUUCUUUUGAGGAUGGUAUAACAGUUACUAGCAAAGGUUCACAGAUGGAUCUGCUAAAGAUUCUAUCUAUCUUCACCUUGAUUGACUUCUCAUGCAACAAUUUCAGUGGACUAAUACCUAAGGAAAUAGGAAAAUUCAAAUCACUAUAUGUCCUUAACUUGUCCGGAAAUGCCUUCACAGGCGAAAUCCCAUCCUCGUUUGGUAACAUGCGGGUACUCGAGUCCUUGGACCUGUCACAGAACAAGCUGAGUGGGCAAAUUCCACCACAGUUGGCAAAUCUUACUUUCCUUUCAUUCUUGAAUCUCUCAUAUAAUCAACUGGUCGGCAAGAUCCCAACCAGUACUCAGUUUUCAACAUUUCCAAAAGACUCAUUUAUAGGAAACAAAGGACUAUGGGGGCCUCCUUUGACAGUGGAUAACAAAGCACCACCACCAGCAUUAAAUGAAAGCCUUCCAAAUUCUGGCCAUCGUGGGAUUAAUUGGAAUCUUAUCAGUGUUGAAAUUGGAUUUACAGUUGGCUUUGGAGUUUCCGUUGGGUCACUUGUGUUGUGCAAGAAAUGGAGUAAGUGGUAUUACAGAGCUAUGUACAAGAUGGUUCUCAAGAUAUUCCCUCAGCUAGAGGAAAUAAUUGGUAUUCAUCGAAGACAUGUUCACAUAAAUCAAAGGUGGAGACACUGA